AUGGGAGGUUUGGGGCUGAAGCCCACGUCGUUUCUGCCUUUGGCCUUGCUGCCAUGGCUUCGCUGCGGCGCCGUAGCCUGCUCCGAGAAGGAGCUGCAAUCGGCUUCGCUUGGCGGCGUGGGCGACCUGCAGCAGCUGCUUGAGAAUUGCAGCAUCGAUGUCAGCAGGGGUAGCCCCCAGUUGGACUGUGAGAUCCUUGUUCAGCUGGGAUGUAACUAUACAGUCGAUACCGACUCUACCAACAGCGCCCUGAGACGAGCCGCACUAAGCCUGAGCUGCCGCAAUCCCGGAGAGCUGACCCAGCCCUUGUUGCAGCUCUGGUCGAGCUGUGGGGGCGACAUUCGAUGGCAAGACGAAACCGGCAUACCGCUCCUGGACCUCCUUCAGAACCCCGAUGCUCGGGACUUUUGGAUUGCCUAUGCAACUGUCCAGGCCACCAUGGUGAGCACCAUGACAGACUGGCGUGCCUGGCUGAUGCCAACCUUGGCGGCCCUGCUCGCCUACGCAGAGGUACGCCUGGAGCGAAAGUGCCUUCUGAGGCGGAGCCGCCAUGCAAACGGGGCCGAGCCCUUCUUAGAGGGUGCCAAGCUGCUAGUCAGCCAGGCAUUUCGGAAAAAUGGCCUGGUGGUCAAGCUCUGGCGCUUCCUUGAAGUCGGUGUGGGCAUGUUUUGGUUGGGGUUUGUGCUAAUGCUCGCACACUGGGCUUGGUGGCUGCCGAUCGCGGCGGCCUUUUACCUGGGCCCAGCCGUCAUGCUACACGGGAUGAAGGAGCUUAAGCCCUGUGUUGAGGGCUCCGACAUUGGCGAUGGUAUCGAGAAGCUUCGGCGGCCAGGCACCACAGCUCUGUUUGGGAUCUUCUCCUUCAUGUAUGGGGGGCUCUUUUGGGGGCUGAUAAUCCCGGACCACGUGGUCUCCAGCUUCUCAUGGAUGCUGAACCCUGUGCUGCCCACCUGGAGAUCUCAGAAGAAGUUGGUCUUGACGAAUAGCACCUUAGACGAGCAUUGGCUGUUUUCCUGGGCACCCCCGGUGACUGCAAUGCAGAUCUUCAAUACAUCCAGAGACAUCUGCAUCUGCCUUGUCGGUGUGUACUGGGCCAGCCUGCUCGGCGUCAUACUUCAUCGCCUCCUUUGCGGCCCGUCCGAUACCCACACGAAGGCUCGUCAUGAGCUCGAGCAUGCAGUCCAAGAGCUCCUGGUGAAGCCACCAGAAGAUUUUGGCGACGUCGACAGGUUUCCUCCUCGUCCGACAAUACUGGUUUGCUUCAUGCAUGGCCUUUGUGCUCGCAUCCCGCGGCAAGACAUCUUGGACUUCUUGGAAGAACAGAAGCGGUCGCAGGCUCUUUACUGCGGGUGCAUCACGGCCUAUUCUCUCUUCUUUGCCGUCAACGCGGCCGGCCAGAUGCUCAUACAGUUUGUCAGCCUUGUAUCCAGCACGUGGCAGUUCGCAGGCCAUGCAAUUGAAUUGUGCAACCUCGAAUUCGACGUGGAGAGCGACGCGGCGGAAGCGUCAUCGGACGUCCUGCACCACGCAGACGAGCCGCAAGAGAUUCGGUUGGACGUGGCGGAACCGCCGUCGAGCGCAGAGAAAGCGGAACCGGAUGCAGCGGCUGCAGCUGUGGCUCCAAGGGCCGUUGAUCCAGUAGCGGCCGCGAAGGCGAACGCGAACGCGAACGCAGCGAACUCUUUUGGCCGGUCUGAGGACUUCAGCUUCAGGCAGACAGUCCCCAGCUGCUCUUCCAUCUGUAACGUAGAAGCAAACGGUGACGAGCCGCCCUUGGCACAAGACUCAUGCCAACUUGACGAGUCGGUAUGCAGCAUGCUGGCCAAUGUCACUGCACCCACGUUCAGUGAGCUGGAGCUCGAAGACGAUAGCACGCUCCGGGAUGAGAGGAUAGACAGAUCACCGAAGCGUUGUCAAUCCGUGACCCCCUCUGUUGCUGCCUCGACGAACUGCGAAGAUGAGUGCCUAUUCGGCUUAUCGAUCACAACAGAGGACGAGGAGGAGGAUGAGGACGAAGAUGAGGAGGAGGACGCUGGUCUGCCAGAGGAGCUCAUGGUGCGCAAGGCCACCUCGAUCGCGUCAUUCCGCAAGCACGCGGUUCGCGCUCGUCGUGAGCGAAUUCAAGCAUUGCGAAGGGAGCUGGUCUUCGAGUUCCUGGAAAGGAACGGCUUCACGGAAGUCAACGCACCACGCAACCGCGGGGGGCGCUUUUCGCUGCACCGAGCGGAAUCCUUCUACCCGAUUCAUCUGGCCGCGCAGAUGGGAGAUCAUCGGAUGGUCCGCGACCUUCUCCGGGAAGGGGCCGACCCCAAGAAGAGGACUUCGACUGGGCGCACGGCAGCGGACGUGGCAGCUGCAGCCAACCAGUUUCGCUCUCACUCCUUGGUGCUUGAGCUCCUCUCAGGGCAGUGGAACAUCAUGACCUUUCGUGACCUUCGAGCCUGCAGCAAGAGUUUUGUGAACGCUGCGCGCCACAGCAGCUGGUAG